GACUGACUUUGUGUGGUUGUAUUUGUUGAACAAAUAAUUUUCUGUCGUAUUCCACAAGUUAAAACCUACUGAAAUAGCUGAACCAGUGCGUUGAAAUUACUCUAAUUCUGAAUUUCGCUGCAGCAAACUAAUGAUAAAUUAUGACCAAUUUGUCGGCAUUUUUAACGACCUUUGCAUUUUAUGACAGUAAAACAUCAUGUUAACAUCAUAUGACAUUAGAACAUCAUGUUCCCAACUGAAACACCGUCUGAUGUCCCAAAAUAAUUAAGCAUGACAAGAUAAUAGGGGAUCAAACGGGAGCCUACGGCAUUCGACAUUUAAUGACGCCUUUUCCCCUGGAGAGCGCUUGUGGUUUUUAACGAUUAUGGCAACCCCUGAGUGAACAUUUCUCACUAAUGCAAACUGGCCGAAUCACCCAAGGCGGAAUCGCUGGAAUAUUUUCAAAGCCAUGCCAGUGUACCUUACGGCUUUUGCAUUUGUAUAAAAAGGCUUGUGCCCGUCUUCUCAUCACUCCUGAGCAGCUCGAAGAAGCUUCAGCAGCCUCAACUCACAAUGGCAACAACCUACUCCAGCCGUGUGUCCAUGUCCUCCGGAUCAUCCAUCGCAGGGGGUUUGUCUGGGCUCUCCCUGUCCGGAGGUGGAGCUCGCAUGAGCGUCAUGCGGGCUGGUAGUGUCUACGGCGGUGCAGGAGGAUCCGGAGUUCGCAUCUCCAGCGCUUUUGGAGCAGGCGGUGGCGGUGGCGCAGGGUUCGGGUUCGCUGCUGGCGGUGGUGGUGGCGGCGGUUUCAGCAUGGCCACCGGUGGGGGAGCUUUCGAGGCCGUCAUUGGCAACGGGAAAUUCACCAUGCAGAACCUGAACGACCGUCUGGCCUCCUACCUGGCCAAGGUGCACACCCUGGAGAAGGCCAACGCCGAGCUGGAGCUGAAGAUCAGACAGUUUCUGGCGGCUAAGAUCGGCCCUGCCAGCCAUGACUUCUCUGGCUUCAUGGUCACCAUCGGCGACCUCCAGGCCAGGAUUAUGGCCAUCAUCAGUGUUAAAGGAGGAACUGUGUUGGGUAUUGACAACGCCAAACUGGCUGCCGAUGACUUCAGAGUCAAAUAUGAGGCAGAGCUGGCCAUGCGCCUCUCCGUUGAGGCUGACAUCGCUGGACUCAGGAGGGUGCUGGAUGACCUCACCCUCUCCAAAUCCGACCUGGCCAUGCAGAUCACAGGCAUCCAGGAGGAGGUCGCCUACCUGAAGAAGAACCACCAGGAGGAUCUCCUGGUUCUUCGGGCACAUAUCGGCGGAACAGUAAACGUGGAGGUGGACGCUGCUCCUCAGGAGGACCUCACUAUCGUCCUGGCCGGCAUCCGUGAGCACUACGAGGCUGUGGCCACCAAGAACAGAAAGGAGCUGGAGGUCUGGUUCCAGGCAAAGUCCGAAGCGCUCAGCAAAGAAGUCCUGACAAGCACAGCCACCCUCCAGACGUCCACAUCAGAAGUCACAUCCAUCAGGACCACUGCACAGGCACUCCAGAUCGAGCUCCAAGGCCUUUUCAGCAUGAAAGCGUCCAUGGAAGCCACUCUGGCUGAGACACAGACCCGUUAUGCUGGCAUGCUGGCCAGCUUCCAGAUGCAGGUGAGCAGCUUGGAGGAGCAGCUUGGCGCUCUCCGCGGCGGCCUUGAGCACCAGGGCCACGAAUACGCAAUCCUGCUCGACAUCAAGACCAGACUGGAGCUGGAGAUCGCCGAAUACAGUAGACUGCUCGGCGGUGGCGCAUACGCUCACAGUCACAUCUCGAGCGGGUCGACUUAUUCAGCGUCGACUGUGUCAGCAGCGGCUGUGUCAACAGUGAUUGAGUCAGCAGUGAUUGAGUCAGCAGUGAUCGAGUCAGCAGUGAUCGAGUCAGCGGCAGUUGAAGCAGCUUCCACGACCGCCACGCGAACCAGAGUGGUCACAGUGGUUGAAGAGGUGGUUGAUGGACAGGUGGUGUCUUCUUCCACUACCUCCUCCAUCAUCGGUUCCUAAGGUGGUGCCGUCACUAAAGUGGAACCCCUGACCCACGACUUACCUGUUGCUGAUUCACCUGAGCACAAGGCAGGUUUAACCCUGCAGUUUGCCACAGGUCAUCUUUAAUAUCAAGUCACAAAAACUUCCAAUAAAGCAAGAGUCCACUAAAAUCUA